ACAAGAAUAUUUGAAACUACAGAUUCUGUUCUUCCAUGAAUCAUAAGACAUAGAUAUUGUCUUCAUGAAUUGAAUAAAAAUGUCUAUGCUCACAAAACAACACAUCUUAACAAAAAUGAUGAAAAUCACAUGCAAUUUUUCUACUUCCUUCUUCUCCUACAAACCCUUCUCUUCUUCUUCACUCUUAUCCUUCAAACCCUCUCAUACUUUCUCUCCAUCAUCUUCCAUUAACAACCACACCCUUCCCUCUUUUUCCACUUCAGCCACCAAUGGCAGCACGUGCACACUCACAUGGGAUCAUGUUUUCCAUGUUUCUCAAUCUGAAGUUGGUGUAGAAGAACAUGACCCUUGUUCUUAUCUACAAGGUUACUUCCAUAAAGUCCAACUUUGCAACCGUGGUUCUGACAAACAAUCGGAAUUUCUUCCAUUUGUCAUUGAGGGCAAUGUUGUUGGAUUCAUUCACAAUAGGUUUGUUGAGCAUUUGAGAAGCUUUAACGACGUGUUCGUUUUUCCCAAAGAUGGAGGCCCCUUUGGUCACUGUGUUUCAUUGCAUCCAUUACUGAAGACAGCUGAGGAAAGAACCAGCUCACUUGGCUAUGUAAUCGAGCAUUUGGGAGAGGAGCAUAUUCCAGGUAUACGUAAUGAGCUAUACCCUGUGAAAUCCUCAUUUGACAAACCCGUUUUCUUUUCAUUAGAACGUGCUGCAGCUCCUUAUUUUGGCAUAAAGGCUUAUGGAGUCCAUAUGAAUGGGUAUGUUGAGAUAGAUGGGCAGAAGCACCUAUGGAUAGCGAAGAGAAGUCACACGAAAUCCACAUAUCCUGGAAUGCUUGAUCAUCUAGUUGCAGGAGGACUGCCGCAUGGAAUUGAUUGUCAGGAAAAUGUUGUAAAGGAAUGUGAAGAGGAAGCAGGAAUUCCUAGGUCCAUCUCUAUUAGAGCUAAUGCUGUUGGUGCUGUUUCAUAUAUGGACAUCGACGGGGAUAGAUACAAAAGGGAUGUUCUAUUCUGCUAUGAUUUGAAACUUCCUGAAAGUUUUGUGCCAAAAAAUGAAGAUGGUGAAGUUGAAAGCUUCAAGUUAAUCCCUGUUAAGCAAGUUGCAGAAAUCAUUCGCAAGACACAAUUUUUCAAACCAAAUUGUGCUAUCGUGAUCAUUGACUUCCUGUUUCGACAUGGAUACAUAAGUCCUGAAAAUUAUGGAUAUUUGGAUCUCCUAAGAAGCUUAAGAAUAGGAGAUUGCUCAUGAUGCUUUCACUAUUCACUGAACCAAGCAAUUCUUUUAUGUUGAGUAUCUUGGUUACUGUUAUUCUUUCUUUACAUUUAUAUAUGCAUGCAACUGGAUUUUUUUUUUUUGGUUAUGAGAUUGUAUUUAUUCUUUCUUUAUCUUUAACUAGUGUAUUGAAUUUCUCCACUAUUGUCCUCAUUAACUAGGAUAUUGCUCCUGCAUACAGAAAGCAUAUUGACUAUUCACUGAACCAAGCAUUCCUAUGUUGUUGAGUAUCUUGGUUAUGGUCUCAACUUUGUGGCAAGCUAUAUAAUAAAAUGGUUAUUGAAUAUUA